AUUGCAAAGGCGAACUGCCUUGUUGAUGCAGUUGGAACUGCAUUCUCUCUGCAUCGUGAGGGUGAGGGGUACUUAUCGAUCUGGUGGAGGGGGAAGGGAGGGGUGACUGAGUUUUGGGGGAGGGGAAAAAGGGGGACGGCUGACACCAGCUCAAUGCCAUUGGAAAAUCAACCAGAGCAAGAAAGCAGCUGUGACUAAGCGCGGAGCAAUCUGACAUCCGAGCCAAGACUGCAGACAGCGAGAGAGAGAGAGGCAUAAGCCAAGCACAGAACAAACCACACAUAGAGGGCGAUUUAAAGAUCCCCUGGAUAUCGACUGAGAACCACCAUGCCAAAAUCCGCAGGCGACACAAAGCCAGAAGAUGUCUCGACGGCGAUCCUACAGCAGAAACACCGCCCCAACCGACUCAUUGUGGACGAGGCCAUUAACGAUGACAACAGCAUUGUCUCACUCUCACAGGUCAAAAUGGAUGAGCUGCAGCUUUUCCGCGGGGAUACGGUCCUGCUGAAGGGGAAGAAGCGGAGAGAGACGGUUUGCAUUGUCCUGUCGGAUGACACCUGUAAUGAGGAGCGAAUCCGAGUUAGCAGGGUGACCCGGAACAACCUACGGGUGCGACUGGGCGACGUUGUGAGCAUCCAGGCAUGUCCAGAUGUGAAAUACGGAAAGCGGAUUCACGUGCUACCCAUUGAUGACACAAUCGAAGGGCUAACAGGGAAUUUGUUUGAAGUCUAUCUGAAGCCCUACUUUCUGGAGGCUUAUCGACCUGUGCACAAAGGAGACAUCUUCUUGAUCCGUGGAGGUAUGCGAGCUGUAGAAUUCAAGGUGGUGGAGACUGACCCCUCACCCCAUUGCAUCGUGGCUCCAGACACAAUUCUGCACUGUGAGGGUGAGCCAAUCAAACGAGAGGAUGAGGAGGAGAAUCUGAACGACGUUGGGUAUGAUGACAUCGGAGGGUGCCGCAAACAGCUAGCACAGAUCAAGGAGAUGGUGGAGCUGCCUCUUCGACAUCCGGCCCUCUUCAAGGCUAUCGGAGUCAAGCCUCCAAGGGGAAUCUUGCUCUAUGGGCCUCCAGGAACUGGGAAGACACUUGUCGCUCGAGCUGUAGCCAAUGAAACUGGAGCUUUCUUCUUCCUCAUCAAUGGUCCAGAGAUUAUGAGCAAACUGGCUGGGGAGUCCGAGAGUAACCUGAGGAAGGCCUUUGAGGAAGCUGAGAAGAAUGCUCCAGCUAUCAUCUUCAUUGAUGAAUUGGAUGCUAUUGCUCCGAAGAGAGAGAAGACCCAUGGAGAGGUGGAGCGCCGAAUUGUCUCCCAGCUCCUGACUCUGAUGGAUGGACUGAAGCAGCGGACUCACGUCAUCGUCAUAGCUGCCACGAACAGGCCAAACAGCAUCGACCCUGCGCUCAGAAGAUUCGGUCGCUUUGACCGGGAGAUCGACAUCGGAAUCCCGGACUCCAUAGGUAGGCUUGAGAUCUUGCAGAUUCACACCAAGAACAUGAAGCUGGCAGAUGACGUGGACCUUGAGAAGAUCGCACACGACACCCAUGGCCACGUGGGUGCAGACUUGGCUGCGCUGUGCUCCGAGGCAGCUCUGCAGGCCAUCAGGAAGAAGAUGAGCAUCAUCGACCUGGAAGAUGAGACGAUUGACGCAGACGUCCUAAACUCGAUGGCGGUGACGAUGGACGACUUCCAGUGGGCUCUGGGCCAGAGUAACCCCUCAGCUCUGCGGGAGACGGUGGUGGAAGUACCGACAGUCACCUGGGAAGACAUCGGAGGCUUGGAUGAGGUGAAGCGGGAGCUCCAGGAGCUGGUGCAGUACCCAGUGGAGUACCCAGACAAGUUCCUGAAGUUCGGCAUGACCCCAUCCCGUGGCGUUUUAUUCUACGGCCCUCCCGGCUGUGGAAAGACCCUGCUGGCAAAGGCUAUUGCCUCUGAAUGUCAGGCGAACUUUGUCUCCAUCAAAGGCCCAGAACUGCUCACCAUGUGGUUCGGGGAGUCGGAAGCCAACGUGCGGGAUGUCUUUGACAAGGCUCGGCAGGCUGCGCCCUGCAUCUUGUUUUUCGAUGAGCUGGACUCCAUCGCCAAGUCUCGCGGAGGGAGUGCGGGGGAUGGUGGUGGAGCGGCAGACAGGGUGAUCAACCAGAUCCUCACCGAAAUGGACGGCAUGUCCAACAAGAAGAACGUCUUCAUUAUCGGAGCCACAAACAGACCUGACAUCAUUGAUCCGGCCAUCCUAAGGCCUGGGCGCCUGGAUCAGCUGAUUUAUAUCCCACUGCCCGAUGAAAAGUCAAGGAUGGCCAUCUUAAAAGCCAACCUGAGAAAAUCUCCGAUUGCAAAGAGUGUUGACUUAGGGUACCUGGCCAAGAUAACCCACGGCUUCUCGGGAGCCGACCUGACGGAGAUCUGCCAGAGGGCAUGCAAGCUGGCGAUCCGCGAGGCCAUCGAGGCGGAGAUUAAGCGGGAGCAGGAGCACCAGCACAACCCCGACACAGCCAUGGAGGAUGACUACGACCCCGUUCCUGAAAUCCGCGCUGACCACUUUGAGGAGGCCAUGAGGUUCGGCCGCCGUUCAGUCAGUGACAACGACAUCAGGAAGUACGAGAUGUUCGCCCAGACACUACAACAAAGCAGAGGCUUCGGCAACUUCAGGUUUCCGUCCAACAGCCAGUCCAGUGGUCAGGGGAGUGAUGGAGGGAGCGGAGGGAACCUGUACCGUGAGGAUGGAGAUGAUGACCUUUACAACUGAGGAACUAGCCAAAGGUCGAGGUUGCCCGGGUCUUGAUCUGGAGCAUGCUGUCCCCCUCACCCAUCGCCAAGGACGGAAACUCAAACAUAAACUUUGGAGGAAAGUGGUACAUUAUCUGCUGAGGUCUGGGCCUCGAGCGUUGCUUCAUCUUGGGAUCUCUGACCUGUAUCCCAUCGCCUGUGCUUGAUUAGUGGUGGGUUUGAUUUCAUCGAUCAGCACUUUGUACAGCACUCACCUCAGGAUUGUGUAGGGUGUGUGUGUGUGAGUGUGUAAGUGUGUGAGAGUGUCUCCUCACCUCCUGUACAUGAAGCUUGAAGCCAUCCACGUGUGGACUGGAUGAUUAGAUGUUUGAUUCUAAGACUAAAUAUAAACUGAAAAGGUGUUUUCCAAAAAACAAAUGACCAUUUUACGGAGGUACUUUUGCAGUGGGGUUCUGAAUAUUAAAGUUUUUCAACCAUUUCC